UAGUGGGUCGCUGCUUCUCUGGCUGGCUGCCCGUCUGACUGCCUGGAGACUCACCGGCCAUGCUGUGAUAGAGUCAGGGUGGGAUUAUCGACACAGUCUGCACUUUGGAAAACCUGAGCUGAGACAAGGGGAAGAAAGGGGGCAAACACACCACCAGCAACAUGGCCAGCAAGUACCACUGGCAGAGUCAGAACGUCAAACAGAGCGGUGUGGAUGACAUGGUGUUGCUCUCCAAGAUCAACGAAGACGCAAUCGUGGAGAACCUGAAGAAGAGAUACAUGGACGACUACAUCUUUACCUACAUAGGUUCCGUGCUGAUAUCAGUCAACCCAUUCAAACAGAUGCCCUAUUUCACUGACAGGGAAAUUGAACUCUACCAAGGAGCAGCCCAGUAUGAGAACCCGCCCCACAUCUAUGCCCUGACUGAUAACAUGUACAGAAACAUGAUGAUCGACGGAGAGAACCAAUGUGUCAUCAUCAGUGGAGAGAGUGGUGCUGGGAAGACCGUGGCGGCCAAGUACAUCAUGGGGUACAUCUCAAAAGUAUCCGGAGGGGGAGAUAAAGUCCAGCAUGUGAAGGACAUCAUCCUCCUGUCCAAUCCUCUGCUGGAGGCCUUUGGGAACGCCAAGACCGUCCGCAACAACAACUCAAGUCGCUUCGGUAAAUACUUUGAGAUCCAGUUCAGCCGAGGGGGAGAGCCAGACGGGGGGAAGAUCUCCAACUUCCUCCUGGAGAAGUCCCGGGUGGUCAGCCAGAACGAGAACGAGAGGAACUUUCAUGUUUACUACCAGCUGAUAGAGGGAGCCAGUGACCACCAGAAGGAAGCCCUGGGGCUCAUGACCCCAGAUUACUACUAUUACCUCAACCAGUCUGGCACGUACAAGGUGGAUGGAACCAACGACAGCAAGGACUUCCAGGAAACCUGCACAAUGGAGGCCAUGCAGGUGAUCGGCAUCCAAGAUGGCUACCAGUCCCAGGCUCUGCAGAUCAUCGCAGGCAUCCUCCACCUGGGCAACAUCAGCUUUGUAGAGGAAGGAAACUAUGGCAAAGUAGAGAGCACUGACUUGCUGGCCUUCCCUGCGUAUCUCCUGGGCGUCGACCAAAACAGGCUUCAGGAGAAGCUCACGAGCCGCAAGAUGGACUCCAAGUGGGGGGGGAAGACCGAGUCCAUCGACGUCACCCUGAAUCAGGAGCAGGCCACCUACACUAGGGAUGCCCUGGCCAAGGCUCUUUACACCCGGCUGUUUGACUACCUGGUGGAGGCCAUAAACAAAGCCAUCCAGAAACCUAACGAGGAGUACAGUUGUGGAGUCCUCGACAUCUACGGCUUUGAGAUAUUCCAGAGAAAUGGGUUUGAGCAGUUCUGCAUUAAUUUUGUGAACGAGAAACUGCAACAGAUCUUCAUCGAACUGACCCUCAAAGCCGAACAGGAAGAGUAUGUCCAAGAGGGGAUCAAAUGGACCCCGAUCGAAUAUUUCAACAACAAAAUAGUGUGCGAUCUAAUCGAGAACAAGCUGAACCCCCCGGGGAUCAUGAGCGUGCUGGACGAUGUGUGUGCCACCAUGCACGCCAAGGGCGAGGGCGCGGACGGCAACUUGCUCCAGAAGUUGCAGGCGGCGGUGGGAACCCACGAGCACUUCAACAACUACAACUCCGGUUUCAUCAUCCACCACUACGCCGGCAAGGUCUCGUACGACAUCAGUGGAUUCUGUGAGAGGAACCGUGACGUCCUGUUUACUGACCUCAUCGAGCUCAUGCAGAGCAGCACGCAGGAAUUCAUCUGCAGUCUUUUCCCUGAGAACCUCAACACUGAGAAGAAGGGUCGUCCCACCACGGCCAGCUCCAAGAUCAAGAAACAAGCCAACGACCUGGUGAACACCCUGAUGAAAUGCACCCCCCAUUACAUCCGCUGCAUCAAACCCAACGAGACUAAGAGAGCCAAGGACUGGGAGGAGAGUCGGGUCAAGCACCAGGUGGAGUAUCUGGGCCUGAGAGAGAACAUCAGAGUGAGAAGAGCCGGAUUCGCUUUCCGCCGUGCCUUCAACAAGUUCAUACAGAGGUACGCCAUCCUGACGAUGGAAACGUGGCCUCAGUGGAGUGGCCCAGAGCAACAGGGGGUCCUGCACCUCCUGCGCUCCGUCAACAUGGACACCGACCAGUACCAGCUGGGCCGCACCAAGGUCUUCGUCAAGAACCCUGAGUCGCUGUUCCUAUUGGAGGAGAUGAGGGAGAGGAAGUUUGACACCUUCGCCAGAACCAUCCAGAAGGCCUGGAGGAAGUACAUCGCCAGGAAGAAGUAUGAACAGAUGAGAGAGGAAGCCUCAGACAUCCUAUACAACUCCAAGGAGCGCAGGAGGAACAGCAUCAACAGGAACUUUGUGGGAGACUACCUGGGUCUGGAGCAGAGGCCCGAGCUGAGGCAGUUCCUGACCAAGAGGGAGCGAGUCGACUUCGCCGACUCUGUCAACAAGUACGACCGCAGGUUCAAGUCAAUCAAGAGGGACAUGAUCCUAACCCCUAAAGGCAUCUACGUGAUCGGUCUGGAGAAGGUGAAGAAGGGUCCGGAGAAAGGGCAGAUUAAAGAGGUCCUGAAGAGGAAGUUGGAGUUCUCGAGUAUCCGUAGCGUCUCUCUCAGCACGAGGCAGGACGACUUCUUCAUCCUGCACGAGCCGCAGUACGACAGCCUGCUGGAGUCCAACUUCAAGACCGAGUUCCUCAGUCUCCUCUCCAAACGCUAUGAAGAGGUCACCAGGAACAAGCUCACUCUGUGUUUUAGCGACAGGCUGGAGUUCAAGGUGAAGAAGGAGGGCUGGUGGGGAGGGGGCGUCCGCGUGGUGGUCUUCCAGAGAGGCGAGGGAGACAUGGCCCAGUCCAAGCCAGGAGGGAAGACCCUCGUAAUCUCCGUGGGAGACGGCCUUCCCAAGACCUCCAAACCUACCAGGAAGAGCGCGCAGCAGGGUCACGGAGGGAGGAGGAGCCAAAACAAGGGACGAGGGCACCAGAACGGGGGUGCCCAGGUCUCCAGGGGCAGGCCCGCCCCAGCUCAACAACCCCAGCAGCCCACCCACUCCACCCCUCACACCGGAGGCCGCCCCCCCAGCGCCGCCCCCCCCAGGCUGGGCUCCCAGACGGCCAGACGGGGCCCAGCUCAGACCCAGCAGAGGAACCAAGACUUCCUGAACGUACCGGAGCAGGGCAUGUCAGGGAUGCAGAGGAAGAAGAGUAUCGGUCACCGUCCGCCCCCGGCGCCCGUCACUCGGCCCCGCCCCCAGCCCCGCCCCCAGGGCCCUCAGUGUCGGGCGCUGUACCAGUACGUCGGACAGGACACGGACGAACUCAGCUUCGAUGUCAACGACGUGUUCGACCUGCUCAUGGAGGAUGGUUCUGGCUGGUGGAGGGGCCGGUUAAGAGGCAGAGAAGGACUCUUCCCGGGGAACUACGUGGAGAAGAUCUGAAGAAGUCUCUCUCGGGGUCUUCAGAGACUCGGCCUGCCGAACAGAACCAGAAGAGGAGCGGGACUACCUAGAGCCAAAGUCAAUGUGAUGUCACAUGUAUAUCAUCUCUUUAAGGAUCACACGCGUGCACAACAAACCUUAAGUGUUGAAGUGUGUGUAUGCAGAGUCAUUGCUGCGUUCACUGUGGUGACACCGUUGGACUACCAUGUCUCUGAGUGUGCAAGGAUUGAACUGCCUUACACACCCCACCAGAUCAGUAUUAGUAGACAGCUGGAAACAUACCUCCGUUGCACCUCACCUUUCAGAAAAUAAUGGAGGACUUUAGAUGAUGUGUUUAUGUGUGUUUAGUUUCAACGUUCAUUUGGCCACUUUGGACGUUGGUUUAUUAAUGCAGCCACAAGGUGGCGCUUUUGCACUGUAUUCAUGUUACACAAUAAUUCAACCAUUUCACUCAGGGCAUGAAAGUCACGCUAACAUGUACAAGAUGUGUGGACAUGUUGAGUAAUGAACUUGAGGAUAACGUAGCAUUUGUGUUUUAUUCGUAAAAGUUUGCUUCCCUGGA